AUGGAAAAUGUGACAAAGAAACAGAAAUCAAGCUCAAUAAAGAUGGCAGUUUAGAAUUAAGAAAGCUAGAGAGCUCAACCUGAAGAGGGACAGAAGUGGAAUCGCUAUUUUGAUGAUUUAAAAGAUAAAGUAAAGCAUCAAAGAGAGUAGAUAAAGUAAUAUGAUGACAAAAUUGCAUAACACAGAGAAAAAUAAUACAAUAAUGAAAUUCACUAGAAGUUAAUUGAUAAAAUGAAGUAAUAGAGAGUCUAUCAUCUCUAGAGAUCGUUUGCUAAUCAAGCACCACAAAAAACUGAAAGAUUGUACCAAAGAGUCUAAUAGAAUACUGCUCUACCUUUUAUAAAAAGAGAUAAAACUGUUUCACCUACUAAAAGAGCCAAUCAUACCUCAUCAUCUCCAUCAAGAACUCUCUUAAGGGGUAGGAAGUAGCUUAAUAAUCAUCAGCAACCUCAAAUAGAAAUUGUAGAGAACCUCGAUUAAAAUGAUGACGACUAUAAUGAUGGUGGUACUGGAUUCUUUAUCACUAGGAUAUCUGACAAAAAUGUUGAUUAUAUCAAUCAAUAAAAAAAUCUUAUUGCUCAUUCAACUGUAAUAAACAAUUAAGCUAAACGAACAGACAUGAAUAUCAGUACUAAUCAUUAUAGCGAGGAUCAAUCAGAAAUGUUUGAGAAUUUUAAACUGAAGGAUUUUUUAACAUAGAUUAAUCGAUGUAAAGAAAAAGAAGUACCAAUAGAGAUCCCUGGCUUUGGAUACAAUAGCUGUGCAUAUGCUAAAUUAGUAGAUGAAGAAAAAGUUGCUUAUGAUAAGAAUAGAAAAAGUUCUUAUAGUGAUCAAAUCUUCAUUGAAUAACAAUUCCUUAAAUCAUCUGCUAAAUUGAGGAAAGCGGAGAACAGACUUGUAAUAUAUUUUUUCGAAGUUUAUUAAAUUUCUAAAUAGUUUGAAAAGUUAAAGACAGAACUUGGGAAGUCAAAGGAAUCCGACUACGAUAUUAAUUAAUUUUCUGGUGGUAAUUUAUCAGAUCUGCCUGUCAACAGUACGAUUCAUAAUCGAGACAAGUCAACCGAACAACAAAACCAGCCUCUAAAGAAUAUACUCAAAUCGAUUUCUGAAAUUAAUAGAAAAGGAAUUGACUAGAAUAUACACUAUAAUAAAAGCAAAGGAGGCUUGAUUCAGCAAAAUAAAACUUCAUUCAGUAAUAUCAAUAGCGGAAUACAGACAGCAAAUACGACUUUGCAAGCAGGCACAGGUAUACUUGGGUAUUAGCCGACUGGUAAAGAAUUUGGAGUAAAAACUGGCUAAGCAUUCUUCAACUUUAACAGAAGCAUUAUGAAAGACAAAAUAGCUUCAAGAAGAUAGUCAAAUGAUUCAGUCGACCAUAUUUACAAUGGUGAUUGA